UUUGUCGCCUUUUCAGUUUCCUCUAGUCUUGUGAGGUCUUUGCAAGAAUCAUUAGAUAUUUCUUUUCUGGACUUAAUCAUGGGGCGAAGGGAAAGGAACGCCACAGCCAGGGAUCCCCAGGUGUCUCAUUUGGUUUAUCCGUCUUUAAUGUGAUGAAUGCCAUCAUGGGAAGUGGCAUCCUUGGCUUGGCUUAUGUGAUGGCUAAUACUGGUGUCCUUGGAUUUAGUUUCUUGCUGCUGUUGGUUGCUUUCCUGGCCUCUUACUCAGUCCAUCUCCUGCUUAGUAUGUGCAUUCACACAGCCUGCUUGGGUCCGUGAACUAACCUCUCAUGGUUCUCCACUCAUAUGCUGCCCCUGUCUCCGCUGAUCGAUUCCUCAGUCACUAAAGCUCUCAGGACAGCAGUGACGUCUUACGAAGAUCUUGGACUCUUUGCAUUCGGAUUACCUGGAAAGGUGGUGGUGGCAGGCACAAUAAUAAUUCAGAAUAUUGGAGCUAUGUCAUCGUAUCUUUUAAUUAUUAAAACAGAGCUUCCUGCUGCUAUUUCAGAAUUUUUGCCUGGAGACCACAGUGGGUCUUGGUAUCUUGAUGGACAGACACUGCUACUCAUCAUCUGCGUUGGCAUUGUGUUCCCUCUUUCACUGCUUCCCAAAAUAGGCUUUCUUGGCUACACAAGCAGUUUAUCAUUUUUCUUUAUGGUGUUCUUUGCUCUUGUGGUAGUAGUUAAAAAAUGGUCCAUCCCUUGUCCUUUGACCUUAAAGUGCAUCGAUGGAGUAUUCCAGAUUUCAAAUGCUACAGAUGACUGUAAACCAAAGCUCUUUCAUUUCUCCAAAGAGAGUAUUUAUGCCAUACCAACCAUGGCAUUUUCAUUUCUCUGCCAUACCUCAAUAUUGCCCAUUUACUGUGAGCUUCAAAGCCCCUCGAAGAAGAGGAUGCAGAAUGUGACCAAUACAGCGAUCGCUUUAAGCUUCCUGCUUUACUUUGUGUCUGCACUCUUCGGAUACCUCACUUUCUAUGACAAAGUGGAGUCAGAAUUACUACAAGGUUAUAGUAAAUACUUGCCACAUGAUGGUGUUGUCAUGGCGGUGAAGCUAUGCAUACUGUUUGCAGUGCUUCUGACGGUCCCUCUGAUCCACUUCCCUGCCAGAAAAGCUUUAAUGAUGUUACUUUUCUCAAAUUUUCCAUUUUCAUGGAUUCGGCAUUCUCUGACCACGUUAGCGCUCAAUGUUAUCAUUGUUUUACUUGCAAUGUAUGUUCCUGACAUUAGGAAUGUAUUUGGUGUAGUUGGUGCCAGCACUUCAACAUGCUUGAUUUUUGUGUUCCCAGGAUUAUUUUAUCUAAAACUCAGCAGAGAGGAUAUUCUCUCAUGGAAAAAGCUUGGGGCCUUGUUCCUGCUCAUCACUGGUGCCUCGGUUGGGAGCUUCAGUUUAGCACUCAUCAUUUUUGACUGGGUCAACAAUAAAUAAAAUAAUUUUCUAUUACAAAGAAUAAUUUACCUCUGUCAGUAAGAAGGAAUCAUUCUGGAAGGCACUGAAUAUGAAAAUUAUACUCAGGAAAAUUAUUACCAGAAAAGCGAAAAAGAGCAGCAAUAUACACCAGAAAGUAGGAAUUUAAUCAUUUUAAUUUUUACCAAAAAUUAGAAAUACUCAGAACGUUGUUCUUAAAUAUAUUGAAUUACUGUUUUGUGUGGGAGUUUUGUUUUGUUUUUGAGACAGAAUCUCGCUGUAUUGUCCAGGCUGGCCUUGAACUUACAGCUAUCUGCCUGCUGCUGCUUCACAAGUGCUGGUGUUAAAGGUGUGCGCCACCAUCCUGGCACAUACCUGCCAUUUGUGACUUAAAAAAAAUAAGUAGCCUUUAUUGUUUUAUGGAGUGAAUGAAAUAAGGGGUUCCCUGUGACUUCCUACCCUGACCUCUAGCUUUCCCUGAUAUGAACGCCUGUGUCAGUAUAGCACAUGUUAUACCUAGGAAUGCUAAAGGCCUUGUUCUUCGUCUCCACUGAUCUUUUUACCAGAAGGCCAUGGCUGGGAUCUUGUAGGACCCUGUGUCAUUUUCAGACUGACUUUUUAUUUAAUAGCUUGUUUCCUUUUAAUACUGAAUAAUAUCCAGUUAUAGGGACAUAUCAAGCUUGUUGAUCCACUCACCUCUUAGAAGACCUUCCUACUUCUUCCAAGUUUUGCCAACUAUCAAUAAAGGUGCUAAAACUAAAAA